AUGGCUCUCAAAAGAAUUCACAAGGAGUUAAAUGAUUUGGCACGGGAUCCUCCAGCCCAGUGUUCGGCAGGACCAGUAGGAGAUGACAUGUUUCACUGGCAAGCCACAAUAAUGGGACCUAACGACAGUCCUUACCAAAACGGGGUUUUCUUCUUGACCAUACACUUCCCCACAGACUACCCCUUCAAACCCCCAAAGGUUGCAUUUACCACAAGAAUAUACCACCCAAAUAUCAACAGCAACGGCAGCAUCUGUCUUGACAUCCUGCGGUCACAGUGGUCUCCAGCUCUCACCAUCUCCAAAGUCCUCCUGUCCAUCUGCUCCCUGCUGUGUGAUCCUAACCCAGACGACCCCUUAGUACCUGAGAUCGCCCGCAUCUACAAGACGGACAGGGAAAAACUGGAGCAGAGACUGGAGCAGGGACUGGGGCAGGGACUGGGGCAGAGACUGGGGCAGAGACUGGGGCAGAGACUGGAGCAGAGACUGGAGCAGAGACUGGAGCAGAGACUGGAGCAGAGACUGGAGCAGAGACUGGAGCAGAGACUGGAGCAGAGACUGGAGCAGAGACUGGAGCAGAGACUGGAGCAGAGACUGGAGCAGAGACUGGAGCAGAGACUGGAGCAGAGACUGGAGCAGAGACUGGAGCAGAGACUGGAGCAGAGACUGGAGCAGAGACUGGAGCAGAGACUGGAGCAGAGACUGGAGCAGAGACUGGAGCAGAGACUGGAGCAGAGACUGGAGCAGAGACUGGAGCAGAGACUGGAGCAGAGACUGGAGCAGAGACUGGAGCAGAGACUGGAGCAGAGACUGGAGCAGAGACUGGAGCAGAGACUGGAGCAGAGACUGGAGCAGAGACUGGAGCAGAGACUGGAGCAGAGACUGGAGCAGAGACUGGAGCAGAGACUGGAGCAGAGACUGGAGCAGAGACUGGAGCAGAGACUGGAGCAGAGACUGGAGCAGAGACUGGAGCAGAGACUGGAGCAGAGACUGGAGCAGAGACUGGAGCAGAGACUGGAGCAGAGACGGAGGAGACUGGAGCAGAGACUGGAGCAGAGACUGGAGCAGAGACUGGAGCAGAGACUGGAGCAGAGACUGGAGCAGAGGGACUUUUUUGCUUUUUAA